AUGCAUUCUUUCUUUGUAGUCUGGUGCGUUUCUAUUUGUUUUGCAACAACUAUUGCAUAUCCGAAAAAUGACACAUUUAAAGUGGGCGAAACUAGGUAUUUUAUGGGUACGGCAAAAAUGAAUUUCGACGACUCAAUAGAUUUCUGCAAAUCCCAUAAUAUGCAAUUGAUAUCUGCAAGAAACUCUUCUGAAUAUAAAAUAAUGUUACACACAAUAUUUGAGAUGGUUGUUUUUGGAACUGAAACUGUAGUCUGGACAUCAGGAACAAAAUUAGCUAAAUCGAACGACUGGAUAUGGUUAUCCAACGAAAUGGACUAUAUUACGUUCUUCGACUGGGGUCGUGGAGAACCAAACAACCGUUCCGGAAACGAGUUUUGUAUAGCCUUACAUCCUGGCGCUCUUGCUCAUUAUUGGACUGAUGAGAGUUGCACAGAAUUAUUCUUACCUAUUUGUGAACUAAAAUAAAAUUAAAAAAAUAUAUUUUAUAUACCAACCUAUUGAAAUGUUUAAAAUAAAUAAUUAUAUUGAAUAUAACCAGUUCUUUAUUUUCGUAUUUAAAUUAUAUACAUCCCCCGUAAGAAGAGCGUAGUCGAAUGAAUAAACGAACAAGGUAUCAGAAUAUUAUAUUUUAAAUUGGUGAUAUUUUUAAAAAUAAAAGUACUAUCUACUAAAGUGUUAUACUUUAAAUUAAAAUAAAAAUAAGAUCGCGUAGGUUAUUUAACUGCUAAAAUGUGGCCACCUCACAGAUCUCAGAAACCCUAGAUACUGCAUCGCAAACAGAUAUUGACAUCUUAUAAGCUGGGCGCCAUGAUAACUGAGUUUUAAGGUGGCACUACUGACAAGACAGGAUCGGCGCAAGGUUAUAGCGGAAGACAUACGGAAGCAGUAACGUUUAAUUUGAAACUGUUCAAAAAUAUUUGCCUUGUUAAGAAAUAUUUUUUAUGGUCUACCGUCAUACCGGCAUACCGUCCAAAACAGUUUCGGAAUUAAGAGUUGAUAGCUCUAGAGAGACCAAUGAUAAUUGUUUGAAAUCAUUAUCGAAAAUAUCAGAGUCGUGCCAGCAAUAUUCGAUAUUCAAUAUUCCUCGUUAAGUCAACUAGGAAAAACUCAAAAAACAUUGGCCCUCUGAGGCAUUUUAAAAUUAAUCUGUCUUUAUAAUAAUGAAAUUUAGUUUAUAAAAUAAUAUUCACACGCAAUUUCAUUUAUAAAUAGUUAGGAAAAUACUAAGCGCCUAAUUAAAUAAAUCGAUUGUCAAUGUAAUGCCAUGCAUUCGCGGUUUACUUCGUUUCGUAUAUUUUUAUUAUUUAUAUUUUAUAAAUUAUUAUUUACGAUUUUUAUUUUAUAGUUUUCUUUGUUUCAAGAAAUAUUAUACAAACUUCAUUCGCACAACUAUAAAGACUAGAGAUAAGGAGGCGAAUUGGCAUACUCUAAAUACGGUCCCAAAAAACGAACGCUAAUUGAGCUUUUUUAAUUCACCGCAAGGGCGCUGGUGCUAGUAACGCUAUUCAAAAUACAUGGUUUCUUAUGGGAAUGUUACAUAAUUUUGUCAAAAUAAUAAAAAUAAACUUGUUUAUUGCCAAAUAAAGCAC